AUGCAGCGUGCUGGAAUCAGGUCUCGGGUAUAUCCGCUCGCCCACACGUCUCAUUAUGCGCCUCUCCACUCCACGAUGGAUGACAUGAAUCCCGGUGGCACGGAAUAUGGAGGAAUGGGGCAGUUCUCUGCCUUGCAGGCCCCGGAACAGGCUGGAUACCCGGAGCAGGCUAGUAUCGACGACAUGCUGGCAUUCAUAAUCUCCUCGCCCUUUCCUGGAGCUGUUGCCGCACCACCUAGCGGGAACCACACCGUCAACGACGCCAGUGGCGGGAGCAUCUCCAACGACGAGGGGACCACGCAUACCUUCGCUGCCCCGACUCCCUCCACUUUGUCCGAUGCGGCCCAAUCUCCCAUCACGCGCGCACCGCCCUCGGCACCGUCAUUGACGUUGAACACCAAUGGCCACUCCCCAUCCUUGAACCCGGUUACGCCGUCAUUUACUGUUCACACCUUCGAACGGUCGGUGGAAAUGAAUCGGGGUGCGAUGCAUUAUCAUGACCCGGCUGUACAACAAAUUGUGGAGGAGGCCGCGAACGUAUUGAUGCACCGGUAUGAGGCGAGUUUGGCAGCCUUGAGGCGCUCUACGUCAGCUCACCCGCUGACUUCGCACAACACAAACAGCGGUGGGCGCUUUGCUCCUUACCGCACGCCUCAGGCUGUCGCUCGCAGCGCAGACCUGAGCGCAACUAACGUAGUAUCAACCGGCGCCGCCCUCGCGGGAGGUGCCCAGUCGGACGACGUCGGCGGAACCACGUCGGCGCGCUACAGAGCAGCGCAGGUCGUGACCGCCCCGACGAUCGUACCGUCGCACACACAUGCCACUUCCCGCUCAGCCAACGCGCCACGGCGCAAGCGCACGGGAAGCAAGUGCACGGGAAGCAAGCGCACGGGAAGGUGGAAGAAUGCGGAGGAGGAGAAGAGGUGGACCGUGAUCAGCUCGAUCUCGAUGGACAAGAUGGCGUUCGGCGAUAAUGCCAACUCCCACGAGUGCAGCUUCGUGCCGUCGACGGUCCAUGAAGAUGGCAGUAUCACCGUGUCCGCGCCAUGCGGGAUGACGUUCGAUGACAAUACACAGCGCAAUCGCCACGCGCAGGAGGUCCACCUUAACUCCCUCGCCGAGACCUGCAAGUAUUGCUCGAUGACGCUCUCGCGCGGAGACGCUCUUCUGCGCCAUAUCCAGGAGGCCGGUUGCAGGACAGUGAAGAAGUGGUUGAGGGAUUAUGGGGAGGUGCGGGUAAGGGCGAGGUUGCAGCGGGACGGUUAUCAAUACUAUGGGCCAAAGCCGAAGAAGGCGAAGGCGUAG